AGCGCGGAGCCGGGAGCGGCCCCGGGGCGCCUCCGCCGCCGCCCCCCGCCGAGGGGCUCCGCGGCCAUGCGAGGCGGCCGCCCCCGCGGCCCCGCGGCCCCGCGCUGCCCGCCGCUGCGCUGAGCCCCUCCGGCCCGCGGCACCAUGUCCCGCCGCAAAAUCUCCUCCGAGUCCUUCAGCUCUCUGGGCUCCGACUGCCCGGAGACCAGCCCCGAGGAGGAGGGCGAGUGUCCCCUGUCCCGCCUCUGCUGGAACGGCAGCCGCAGCCCUCCCGGCCCCGCCGAGCCACCCCUCGCCACCGCCGCCGCCGCCGCCGCCGCCGCCGCCGCCGCCGCGGCCAGCGCCGGGGCUCGCCGCGCUCCGCGCCGUCGGCGGGUCAACCUGGACUCUCUGGGCGAGAGCAUCCGCCGCCUGACGGCCCCCGCGCCUCAGACUAUUCGGCAAACUCUUCAAAGGACACUGCAGUAUUUUGAGCAUCAAGUUAUUGGUUACAGGGAUGCAGAGAAGAACUUUCACAAUAUAUCAAACAGAUGCACCUACACAGACUGUGCUGGCAAUGAAGAAACUGAAGAUGUCUCAGGAAUUCUCCAGUGUACAGCUAAUGUACUUGGUCUGAAAUUUGAAGAAAUGCAAGAAAAAUUUGGGGAGGAAUUCUUCAAUAUCUGCUUUGAUGAGAAUGAGAGAGUUCUUCGAGCUGUAGGUGGGACCCUUCAGGACUUCUUCAAUGGCUUUGAUGCUUUGCUGGAGCACAUUAGAACUUCAUUUGGAAGACAGGCCACCCUGGAAUCCCCAUCUUUCCUAUGCAAAGAGCUCCCUGAAGGCAACCUCAUGCUUCAUUACUUUCAUCCACAUCAGAUUGUGGGGUUUGCAAUGGUGGGAAUGAUAAAGGCAGCAGCAAAGAAAAUUUACCGCUUGGACGUGGAAGUAGAACAGGUCACUAACGAUAAGCUGUGUUCAGAGGGGACGAACCCGGGUAAUUGCAGCUGUCUGACUUUCCUUAUCAAAGAACACGAAAAUGCAAAUAUCACAAAAGCACUUCCAUCGGGAACUUCCCAUUCUCCCUUAGAUCUGAGGAUUAGUAUCAGCACCUUCUGCAGAGCAUUCCCCUUUCACCUGAUGUUUGAUCAAAACAUGUUUGUUCUUCAGCUGGGAGAAGGUCUAAGGAAGCAGCUCAGAUGUGACACCCACAAAACUCUGAAAUUCCAAGACUGCUUUGACAUAGUUUCUCCUAAGAUCAGUGCCACAUUUGAACGAGUCCUCCUGAGGUUAUCUACUCCCUUUGUUAUUCGGACCAGACUUGAGGAUUCUGACUCUGAAAAUAAAGACAAGGUGAUGGAAGUUAAAGGACAAAUGAUCCACGUGCCAGAAUCAAAUUCAAUUUUGUUUCUGGGGUCUCCCUGUGUGGACAAACUGGAUGAACUGAUGGGCCGAGGUCUCCAUCUUUCAGACAUACCCAUACAUGAUGCUACUCGUGAUGUCAUAUUGGUUGGGGAGCAAGCAAAGGCACAAGAUGGCUUGAAAAAAAGAAUGGAUAAACUGAAGGCAACACUAGAAUGCACACACCAAGCCCUGGAAGAGGAGAAAAAGAAAACAGUCGAUCUCCUUAUUUCUAUUUUCCCUGAAGAAGUGGCUCAACAGUUGUGGCAGGGGCAGCAAGUUCAGGCCAGGAAGUUUGAUGAUGUCACCAUGCUCUUCUCGGAUAUUGUUGGCUUCACAGCCAUCUGCGCGCAGUGCACACCCAUGCAAGUCAUCAGCAUGCUGAAUGAACUCUACACACGGUUUGACCAUCAGUGUGGAUUCCUGGACAUCUACAAGGUGGAAACAAUAGGUGAUGCAUACUGCGUCGCGGCAGGGCUCCACAAGAAAAGCCUUAGCCAUGCUAAAGCCAUUGCCUUGAUGGCACUGAAGAUGAUGGAGCUUUCAGAAGAGGUUCUCACUCCGGAUGGGAGCCCUAUUAAGAUGAGGAUAGGCAUUCACUCAGGAUCAGUGCUGGCUGGCGUUGUUGGUGUAAGAAUGCCACGCUACUGUCUCUUUGGAAACAAUGUCACCCUUGCAAGCAAGUUUGAGUCAGGAAGUCAUCCGCGUCGCAUCAAUGUCAGUCCAACUACAUACCAGCUUUUGAAGAAGGAAGAAAAUUUUAUUUUUAUCCCUCGUUCCCGUGAAGAGCUUCCAGAAAACUUUCCAAAGGAAAUUCCUGGGAUCUGUUACUUCCUCGAGGUCAGAAGUGGUCAGAAGCAGCCAAAACCCUCCAUCACAUCUGCCAGAGUGAGAAAAGUUUCUUACAACAUUGGCACCAUGUUCCUCCGGGAGACCAGCCUAUGAGGCCUGCUGCAGAUCAAAGACUCGUCAAAAAGCACAAGCCCAGAACUGGGUCACGCCAGGGGAGUCGGAGGUUCUUUCUAUUUCACUGCCUUGUUCUGAACAAGCAGUAAAUGCUUCGUGUUAUGUCAGGCAAUAAUCAUUCUAAAGGUGGGUGACUGCUGUUGGUAAACAGAGUGGAGAAAGGGAAAAAAGUGUUUAAAAUAAAUACUUCCACUUCCAGAUGAAUUUCAUUAAUAAACUUGAGUCUGGCCCCUUUACAACAAACAAACACAAACAAAACAAAAAACCAACUCUCACAUUAGAGGUUGGUUUUGUUUUGUGCAGAAAGGGUGAUGGUUCUCUGUAGAUUUGCACCAGCUAAGCAGAAUUGAGAGUCAGUUCUGAUUAUGCAUUCCUACAUUCAGUGUGUUCUUCAGUAUGGUAAUGAUGUUUUUUAACUUUAUGAACAAACAUUUCAUACAUGUACUGUAGAGUUGUUGUAACCUUCCUGCCAGGAGGAAUUGUAAUUCAGUACAAAUUGUAGGGAUUUUACCUAUUUUUAUACAUAUUUCACUUUCUGGAUAAUUACAUUCCACAUACUGUAAGCUGAGUAAGCCUAGAUAGCUUUUCAGUAGCUACUGUAUAUUUCGUAUAUUCUACCUAUUGAAGCUUAUUGUUAUACAAAUGGGAAGAAGUCAUUUUUUUGACUUUUUUGGCAUCAAAAAAACUAAUAUUUUAAAGAAAAAAAAAAAGAGCACUUUGGUAAACCUCUUUACCUGAUGUUUAUGCUAAACUUUAGAUGAGCAUUGUCUUGCUAAUACAAAAUAAUGUUCAGUAUUCGUCCUACAGUUCUGUGCGUCCAGUCUUUCUGGGAUAAAGCAAACAAAAUGUAAAAGAACAAUUUGUUAGCAAACAGAAAAAUUCUGUUACACACAGUGGGACUUUUUUUCCCACAACAAAUUGUCAUCCAAAUUAAUAUUUGGUGGAAGUCCUUACUCUGAGAGAGUCCAGCAAAUUCUGGAAGCACUCUGGGUACUGGUUUUCCAGUUUUUUAAAACGACUUCUGCUCCUGCUCUGAAAAUCCUAUCUGCUAUUAAAGAUGCUCAUUUGGAAAUUUCCUCUGUGGUGGAUUGGAUGAAAGCUUUAUCUAAUGUAGACCAAAAAAUAUUGGAAAGGGGAAGGAAAUAAUGUCUCAGAUCUAAUGAAAAUGCCAGUUCAAGAUUUAGAGCAGUCUAUAUUAAUUAAGAGAAUAAUUUUUUUUUUUUAAAAAAAGAAGGCCCAAUUCCUGGUUAAAUUUAAAAUAGUUUUAUUUUCUUCAGUGAAACCAACUGAAACAAGAAAUGAGAUGUAAAUCUGUCCUCCCAGUGGACACAUUUUCAGGCAGCGUUUAUUUCUCAGGCUUUCCUUUGCAGAAGUAACAGCAGUUUUCUUUUGUAGGUGUACUUCCCUUAAGGUCCUACUGAAUUGAACCAACAUUUUUCUAGUCUUAUAAAUUGUUAGCAAACAUUAAUGCAGUGAUUUCUAAUUGGCUUAGCUUUACAAUGGCCUGAUCAAAGCUCGAAGAAAUCAAAGACAAAACUCUCAACAGCUCAGCACUUCUGUAAUCCAAACCAGAAAUUUGGGCUUUACUUACGGAUUUAGUUAUCAAAUCUUGAAGCGCCUUUUGAAAAUUAGUGAAUAACAUUCUCCACGUGUCCAAAUUAUCCAGUUAUACCUUUCUGCAGAGGGAAUGACAGUGCUCCUUUAUUUCUCUUUGACUCAUAUUUGGAUAGGAACAAUUCAGCAUGGCACAGCCAUCCUGUUAGAGGAGAAAGUUCAUGCUUCCUUCCCAUGAAGCCUGCCUUUAUGAGAAAGGACUAUUCUGAACCUAUGCAGACUUCAUCAGGUAGAAGAAACAUGACUUCAUUAUGCAAGAUGUUUUCUUGCUGAGAGGGUGUCUGCAUGGUCAUGGCAGGGGAAUUAGAACUAGAUGAUCUAUAAGGUCUCUUCCAAUCCAAACCAUUCUAAUGUAUGAUUCUGUGAAUAUUACUUGAAUAGAAAUUCCCUUGUUUUCUAAAAGGACCACUGAUGUUAAAAAUUUCUUCCAUAGUAUCCUUGGGAUUGGAGGAGUUUAUCUUCUACCUACCUUGAUAAACAGCAUCUGCAGCUCUGUUCUAUGUCUGAAAAAUGACUUGAUGAAAACUGUUUGGGCUUGAGGUUGUAGAAUUUCCAUCCAAACCACUGAUCCAAGAAUUUUCUGCAUCAAAUGGCAAAAUGUUUUACUCUACAUCCAUUGGUUUGCAUAUUCACAGCAUGUAGCAUUCACUUCUUUUUUCCAGUGAACAUCAGUGAGACCCGCAAGAAUUAUAUAUGGAGCAAAGUUCCAGUUCAAUCGUGGGAACUGGAACACUGCUUCUGAGCUAAUAAAGCUGUGGUUUUGAUGUCAUUACCCAGUUCCCUGGAGUGAUUUUUUUUUUCUAGCAAUACAUUUUUUUUCUAAUCAAUACAUUAAGAUUUGUUUCUGACUUUAUUGGCACAUCCUCAUUGUUCAGUAGGUGUUAAUGUCAGAUUACUAAUCUCUCUGGCCAAACUCUGUUUUUCUUCUCACCACCCACAGUCCUCAGUGAUGAGAACAAAUGAAGAGGUUCAGACCAAAAGCAUAUUGCUCAAUAUCCUGCCCCUCACAGUUGCUAAUAGGAAAUGCCUAGGUUUAUCCUGUGGGUGAUCUUGGUAGAUCCAUGGAAACAUUAUAAUGAGAAAUGAUGGUUAAAAAUUAAUUCAGCUAUUACACUGAAGAGGUAACAAAAAAAACCCCACAAAACUGUAGCACCAUCCUCAUUCUCUCCAGUUACAGUUUUUUUUUUUUUUUUUUUUUGGUAAGGGAAUUUGUAAUCACAGAGAUUACAUCAAAAACCAAAAAUUGGAGUUAGCAGUACCUUGGAGACAAAGAUAGCUCCCCAAAUUGGAGCAGGUUUACUGUAUAAGAAUAUACAGUCUCUGUUUUUAUACGUUUCUGUGAAGGUAACGUACCCAAAAUUCAGCACUGAUGCUACGUAUUGUGCUGUUUGCUUCUGUGUUAUGACAGGUUAAGUUAAUAGACAAGUGUAGACUUUCUAGAGGCACUUGACCAGUGUGAGAAGAGUGUGAAGCAUUCUCAGCAUUAACUUAGUAGCUGCAUCUGCUGCCUGCAGUAUUAGGUUAUAAAUUUAUUUGCUGGACACCUGUAUGAAGUGAAACAUAGUUUAUUAGCAAGGUUAAUGCUGUGAAGUUGGUUAGAUCAUAGUCAAACUCAGCAUUUGUCCAACAGCAUUUCAUUUUAGCGAUAGAGAAAAUGUUCUCAUUUGCCUGACAUUGUUUUCAUGAAUAAAAGAUUUUGCAGUGUUUUUACCCUGGGAUGUUGAGGUGGAGAGGUGCUGAAAUGUAGAAAUCACAUACUGUAGUUGGAAUUUCAUCCUGAUGUUUUCUUUCCUAUUAAAUAGAUGAUCCUUUUUUCCUCUCUGAAGACAAAGAGAGCAGAUGUGCUGCAUAUUCCCUGUGUUGGGAGGAGAACGCAUGCGCCCAAGAUGGGGUUAUUGGUCUCCUUGCCACAGCCUGGUUCUGUGCAUUUUCCCCCUGAUCCAGGCUCAGACAGACUGGAGACCAUGGGCUGACCACAGAGGCAGACUCACGGGCCAACUUCUCUCACAGAAGUCAUGAGGCCUAAGUAAACAGAGGCAACAGUUACUCCCCCAGCGCACUUUUUAGAGGUUUUCUGUCAGAUUUCUCCAUCUGCUUGAAGCUCUCUGUCACACAGGCUUUUCUAUGAUGCAGGGUAUAGAGGUCAGGAACUCAGAGUGAAGGAAAUUGUAGAGCAGUGGAUUAAAUUUUGUUCAGUAUCACUCUGGAAAUACUUACCGUACAAAGACAAAAGCCACUGCAUGGGAGAGUUAUUGCAAAGACAGAAUUCUAAUAGUGUGGAUGUCUUGCAGGAUCCCACAGGGUUUUACUCUUUUAAUUCCAAAGAGCUCAUAGUUGUUAAAUGUGGUUGUGGUUUUGACUUCACUGCUUAUUCCCACAUCCAUUUUCAGCUCUCAGCCUGCUCAGAAAGGCACUGUGGGGCCUGGAAGCAUGCUUCUGCAAACAGAAAACCAUCUUGUAUGGGAAUUGCUUAUGCUGAAGAAGAAAUACUUGCAGUUUGUCACUAGCUCGUCCUAUCGAGGUUCAUCUGUAUGCAGAUGCAAUUUCAUAGUGAUGUCCCCUCCUGUGUUCCUGGUGCUCCUAUGCCUGCAGAGACAUCCAGUGUAUAACCACCGUUUCUCUGUUUUCUGUUAACAUUUCUCUGUUCUUUUUUUUUUUUUCCUGUGUAAAGCAAACAGUGCAGAACUGUGACAUUGCAGACAUUGAAACAUACCAUAGUUCUGCAUUAAGACUUAUGCUCUGCUUAAUGAUAUUGCAUUAAAUAUUUCUUCCUCUGAACAAAUCCUUUUUAUCCCACCAGACUUUAAAAUGAAGGGGGAUAUAAAAUACCACAAACCAAUUUUAAUUGCAAAUGCCAGUGAAACUUGUAUCAGCUGCUGGGGCAAGUGUAGCUGCAGGAUGGCUUUCAGAUUCUUCAGCAUCCAGAGGAAGCCCUCACACGUUCUACCUGCCCACAAGACUAAUCCAACAGCAGCAUCACAAACAUCUAGCAUCUUCUGUGUUCUUUCAUCUUCUGAUCCCAGGCUUCUGCCUCACCUAUGCUGAGUGCUGACAACACACUGAGCAGAGCCACUUCCCUGCCCUAACUCAGUCACAGAGCUUCUCUCUCUGUUUUUGGAUACUCCUAUUGCUUUGUAAAGUUAUGCAUUUGUAAUAUUACAGAUAACAGCAUGCUUAAAUUAGCAACAAAACAAGAAGCAUAAGCUUGACAGCUGUCUCUUUAGGAAAGACAAACCAGCAAGGUGAGGCAGUGAGGUUGCUUUUUACAUGAGAAGGCAAGUGGAAUGUAUCAAGCUCUACUUGAGGAUGGACAGUGAACAAGUAGAGAGCUUGUGGGUGAGAAUUAAGGGACAGGCUAAUGUGGGUGACACUUGUUGCUGAUUUGUACUACAGAACACCUGAUCAGGUGGAGGGAGUUUGAUGAGGCCUUCGACAAAUAGCAGGAAGCAGCCCCACGUUCACAGGCACUGGUUCUCAUGGGUACUUCAGUCAGUCUGAUAUUUGCUGGAAAAACAGUGCUGUCAGAUACACACAGACUAGAAGGUUCAUGCAGUGUGUGGAGGCAAAGUUUCUGGCACAAGUAGUGGAGAAGUCAAUGAAGAUAGAUUUGCUGCUGGAUCUUACUCUUACAAACAAGGAGGAGCUGUCUGGGGAUGUGAGGGUUUAGGGCAGCUUGGGAUGCAGCAUUCAUGAGAUGGUGGAGUUCAGGAUCUUGCAUGGAAGAAACAGGGCAAUAGGUAGGAUUACUGCCCUGGAGUUCCAGAGAGCUGACUUAGAUGUCUUUGAAAACCUACUUGGAGGGAUCCUAUGGGUUAGAGUGCUUAGAACAUAAGGGGGGUUGAGAGAGCUUGCUGACAUUCAAAUGCCACUUCAAGCUCACGAUCAUUGCAUCCCUAAGAGUAAGAAAUCAGGCAAAGGUGGCAGGAGACAUGCAUAGAAGGGCAAGGUGCUCAUGGGUAAAGCCAAAGGGAGGAAGGAAGUUUAUGGAAUGUGGAAAAAGGGUCUGGCCAUGUGGAAACAAUAUAGCAGUAAUGCCAAGGCACGCAGGGAUGUUGUGAGAAGGGCUAAGGUGCAGUUGGAAAUAAACCCAGAAAGAGUUGGUUCCCUUCCUUCAAAGGAAUACGUUAUUCAUUGAGCUUUUUUGGAGUUGAGGAUGGCAGUAGAUGCCAGUGGCAGUAGAGGAUGGCAUGAAUUGAAGAUGUUAAGUUUGCAGGAGAAUCAAGAGUCAGGAACUUAACCUUCUGCUGCUACUGUUCAUGCUUCCAUCGCCAUGCAUGCUCUUCCUGUUCUAGUUCAGAAUUCUGUUAUUUGAAAGACCUCCGCUCUUUUUUGUUUUGCAGUCUGUGUAUGACAUUGAUGGUGAGUAAUUCUUAUUAUUGUUCUUAUUAACAUCUGUUGUUGACAUGACUGCUUACAUCUAAAGAAAAAGUAGGAUCAAAGGGUUGAUCUUGCUCUUAUUUGCAGCAAAGACAAAACUGCUACAGUGACACAGCAGGCAGUUGCGUCUGUAGAGUGGGAGGACCACAGUGGAAGUUUUCACUGGGGGAUUUGGGUGAAGUCAGUGCAGUAACUGUCCACUACAUGUGUGAUUUUAAAUUUCCUAAGCACUAGCUUUAUCCAUGUAGCUAGAAGUUGCUCUUCAACAAUGUUAUUAAUCUGCAGUGCAUGAGUAACCUUACAACAAAAAUCUAUAAACUGUUUAACUUCAUAUGCAUGUUUGAUCUUCUGUUGCUUGGCUUCUAAUCAUGCAUGAAAGCAAGUAAAACAGUGACACUGGGGAAUGCAGCAACUCAGUCAUAGGUCACAAAUCAUUCACCUUGGCAGAUGCUUACUCCUUCCUGUGGCUUAGAAAGGUUAACCUCCUGUUAUCUCUGAUCCCCAUGUCACUGCAGCAACAGAAUGGCUUCUGAAAGAAACAGCAUGGGGCAUCGCAGGCUAGGGCUCUCAUUAGAGAGGCCAAUACAAGAAAUUAUGCGAAGUUGCAACUUUGUUGGCAGCCUUAGCAAAAAGAGCAUCUGGAGGCAGAUGCUAAACUGGCCAUCUGCUCCUGGGACUUUAGUUUCCAAAGGCAGAGCGAGGCUGAAAAAAACAAGAUGACACUGUCUUUCAGGGAAAGGGGAAUCUUGCCUGCCUUGGUUAGGGGGGAAGAAGCAGGAUGGAGCUGUGCUCACUGGCAGCACAGCUUGCUCUUGCCUUCAGCCGCUUUUACUUUAGCACUCCAGAAAUCAUUUUCUCAGAAACCCAGUAGUUUCUUCAGGUCCUUGCCCCCCCUUGACUGUAGACACAGCAUGAGGCUGCCUAAAACCGUGGGUGUGCUUGUUUCUUACUGACCACAUACAAUUAACUGAGUUUAGAGAUCUGUUUUUUAAGACGUCCAAGGAAUGUGAGAUUGAUCCCACUGAUUUAAGCUCUCUCCAGACCAGUGCUGUCUCUGAGCUCUUUCAGUCUGUGCUGCUUUUCAGAUUUUUGAAUUGGCCAAAAAAAAAUGGUAGACGGACAGAUAAGCUCAUUCCAGGAUGAACAGUGGUUUGAUAUGGUGACUAUCUGGAACAGGGGCUACUGCCGUUCUAGAAAUCUCUUCCUUCUGCUGUCUGAACCACUUACAAAAGCUAUGAGUGUUGCCAAUCACAGCUCCUGGAUCUUGCAGUGUGUUAAAAAGAGUGUGGCCAGCAGGUCGAGGGAGGUGAUCCUCCCCCCCUACUCUGCCCUGGUGAGACCACAUUUAGACUACUCUGACAAGGUCUGGGCUCCCCAGCUGAAAAAAGACAGACCUCUCCUAGAGGAGAGUGCUGGAGUCCACUGGAGGGCCACAAAGAUGGUAAAGAGCCUGGAGCAUCUCUCAUAUGAGGAAAGGCUGAGUAAAUUGGGUCUGUUCAGUAUGGAGAAAGAAAGACUGAGGGGGUUCUGAGUAAUGUUUAUAAGUGUCUACAGUGAGAAAGAAGGCAAAUGGGUGAGGCCAGGCUGUUCUCAGUGGUGCACAGUGAUAGGACGAGGAGAUAUCGCCUAAAACUUGAACAUAGAAAAUUCAAUAAUAACAUGCAGAAGAACUUCUUUAUGGUAAGGGUGAUGAAACAGAACCACUAGAAUAGAAUGCCCAGGGUGGUUGUGGAGUUUCCUUUGAUGGAGAUAUUCAAGACGCAUCUGGACACCUACCUAUGCAACCUAUUGUAAGAUACCUGCUUUAGCAUGGGUCUUGGACUCAAUGAUCUCCUGACGCCCCUUCCAACUCCUGCAAUUCUGUGAUUCUAUGAUCUCUCUAUGAAUGUUCACCUGAGCUAUAUGACAGAAUGCCUCUAUAAACCUUGCUAGUUAUCUUGUUGCAUAGAUGAUAAUAAAGUAUACAAAUGCUAAAGGGCAGAAGAAUAGUUGCUGGGUUAUCAUUAAUAUACAUUUUUCUUGGUUUUGUGAUUUUGUAAGCCCAAAGUUACUUACUAUUAGCAGGAGGUCUUGCAAUGAGAUAAUUGUUUUUUAGAGUACUGUUCCUUGCAGUACUUUGAAAUGACUACUCUUGAGGCAAUAAAUUCAGCCAUGCAAUUAUAUUCCGCUGUAGACACUUAUAUGACAGCUGUCACCCUAACAAAGCAUUUUUUAACAGGACAUGAAAUGACACAAUAACACCCUGUUGUGUAUUGUUUGUCCUUCUGUUCUCUUCUCCAAAGGAGAAGAGUAUGUGGUGGAAUAAUUUGAUUUUGUGAGGUGUUGUCUUUUUUCUAGUUUUCUAAAAAUACAUGUUGUUAUGUACUUAAAUUAGGAUGGGCGAAAUUGGAACUGUGGAUCAGGGUUAGAGAAGGCUUAUAGUUGUAAACAGAGUAUCUUAAAGACUACCCUGCUGAGUGAGACUGUUCUCCCAUCCUAGAAACAACAGCAUGGUAUGCAAGAUAAGCCCAAGAAUGAUAAAUAUGAGCAAUAAAACAGUUAUAAGUAAUUGAUAAGUUCUGCUUUUGUAAGCAGCAGUAAAUUAAUGUUAAGACUGAUUAAUAGUCAGAGAAGAGCACUUCUUAAUUUGUUUUAGCAUUUGUUUGUUAUCAGUGCAUCUCUAAGGUAUUUUUUCCUUCCCUAGUGAGGCUGAAACAGUACUGCAUCAAUAUCAGUUCUGGAGCUUAUUGCAAAGGAGUGUAGUUGGAAAUUAAUAACUAUCGAGUAGAGUUUUUUUUUUUUAAGUGAACAUCGCCUGUGAUAACAAACCAUAUGGGAAAGAGAAAAGAGGAACAAACGUAUAUUUGUAGUAAAAGUUUAUGUGACAUUUCUGUUUGAUUAAAAUACAAUCUGAAAUUGUACAAUUAAAGCACAGCUGCGUUGUUCAGGUUAUUUGCAUUUGCUAAUAAGGAGGGAAGAUUUUCAAAGUCCAAAAGACUUUCUCCUCCAUUCCAUUUUCUUUGUUGAUACACGAACUCCUGAAAGUUGAACCUCAUUUUGCUCAAUAUACUGAAAUUCUGAAUGCCCAAAUAAAUUUUAAAAAUGUGGAUUAUAAAUUCGUAUCAUAUCUUGAGAGUGUAUGGAUAAGGAGCCCACAAAGAGAAUGCAUCUGAAGAAAGUGAAGAAAGAUUCCGUGUGUUUGGAAUUUUGAUGACCAAGAGUGUACCAUGAGCAUGUUGCAGAAGGCAAGAAUGUGCUGCACAUGAUGUCGAGAAUUCUUAUGCCAGUAGGAUCAGUUUUAGAGUUGAUUAUCCUCAGAGUUUUAGUGGAGUUGCAUGAGAAAUCCAUUAUUUUUGGAGGAGGGAAAGUUAUUUCAAGUGAGCUCGGUCUCUGGUUGCAGAGAAAAGUUGUGGAGAAAAGGAAAUCUACAAAUUCUAAAUGUAAAAUGAAAGACAGAUGCUCCACUUUUGUUCAUCAUUUGACUUUUCUGGAGGAAGGUCUCAGAAUUUCUCUUUGAGUUUAGAUGGUGAAUGCAAAACCUGUCAGUAGCUAUAAAACAUUACAAGUGUGGUACUUUUUCCAGUAGAGAUGAAUGCCUUCCAGGUGUGUGUAGGGAUAUGAUACUUCAGUGUUAGCACUUAAAAAAAUUAAUGAUUCUAUUCUGCUUCAUUUAUAAGUAUUGUUUAGAAAUGUCUAAACUGCACGUUUGGAAGUGUUGAGUCAAAGCAAAAAGAUUCAAAGAUUUGAAGUCUGUGAUGUAAUUUAGUAUUCACACCAUUUCCUCAGAAACAGUUCUAUAUAUGGAGUUUUCAAAAGCAAUUGCAGCCAACAGUCAUUUAUAGUUAAUUUCAAGGUGCAAAAUUGUCAAGCAAAUCAUAUUAGGUAAGGCCAAGAUUGAAUUCAGUUGGUUUAGCAUGUAUUAAGGGGAAGAACGCAUCCCAAUGCCAGUCUCUAAAUGCGCUUCCUAGGAUGUCCGUGAGUACUGUGCCUUUUACUGAAGCCCAAACAAUGCCCACUCCAGGCACAAUUCCCAUCCCAGUGCAUAGCAUCCAUAUUGCCUUAUGUGACAAUUAGCAGUUAAGUUGCAGCCAUUAAUGCCUAAAUAAUAAUGCCUAAAUGCUAAAAUAUUGCUUAUUAACCUUAUACCUUGCUGCCCACUUUAAUCUGGGAUCCAGUGGACUUCAGAGCACCAAGAGGUUUUGGAACUGCUGUGAGUCUGAGUGAGGUUCCGCUAUCCUAAGUCUAAGUAAGUAUUUACAACUUUUGAUGGAAAAGCAAACAUACACAUGGAGAGACACACAUCAGGGACAAGGGCCAGAGUUUCAAAGGGCCUUGGGCUGAGCUCUGAACCAGAGGUGAGUGGGAAGAAUCAGGGAUGCUGCUGUACAAGUCCCAUCCUUCUCCCAUCCUUCCAUCUCUGUUUGCUAUCACCAUUCCUAUCCUUGGCCAUCUGCAGUGAUUUCCAUCACAGUCCUGGUUGGGGAGGCCGUGGGAAAGUUCUUGGGAAGAACAGUCCUCUGCACUGUGAACUGUCAUUCUCUCCAGAGAAAAGGAAUUAGGAGCAGUAUUGUCUUCCCAAGCUGAGAAAACUUGCAGAUUUUCCAUGUAAACAGUUUCUAUAAUUACCAGGAAAACAAACCAGAGGCAGAGCUGUGCAGCAGGGGCAUCCCGCCUUGUACGUGCUGCUGUGAUAAUGAAAUCCAAACCCUGCAGAACUGCAGGCGCAUUAUUCUCACUUGCUUUAAAGGUCAGCUAAGACGCUAAUUUCUCAAAUGGGCUCAUAGCUCUGAGACAUCGUAACACCAGUCGUUUCUUCCAGCAAAUUGCAGUUGUCAGAGAAACUGGAUUAGUAGCUCACAGAGCUAAAAAUAGGCACUGUGUGUCUGCCAGAGAAGCUUGGUUCAGGAGCAGAGGUGAAGGCAAAUCAGUGUCAUAACAUGGAGAAAAAGCUUUGGGUUGAACAUUUUUUAUUGUUGCAAGUUAGCCAUAAAAUUACACUCAAAAUAACCAGAGUUGCCAACUGGAAGAAUGUCAGGAUUUAGUGUUGAUUCUGUUUUAUUCACCUUCUGGAUCCAGCCUGCAGUUGCUGCUUUAUCAGCUGAAUAAGGCUGGCAGCAGUCGCACACAGUUUGUACUAUGACUUAAACAAUUAUUUUUACUUUUAUGGUCAGAAGCAGACCAACUUACAGUUCAGGAAUAAUCUUUUUUCUCAGAAGGAGCAGUGAGGCACUGGCAUAGGCUGCCCAGUGAGGUGGUGGAGUCACCAUCCCUGGAGGUGUUCAAGAAAAGGUUAUGGGUUAGUGGGCAUGGUGGGGAUGAAUUGAUGGUUGGACUGGAUGAUCUUUGUGGUCUUUUCUAACUUUAAUGAUUCUAUAAUCAUUACCACUUUCUUUAGAAAUUCAUUCUGUAGAAUGUGCCUUUUCUGCGUACCUUCUAUGAAAUCUCUGCAUUUCAGAUCUGAGGCACUGUCAAGUGUAGGGUAUAAACAAUAACUUCUAUCAGUGAAUGAAAUCACUGCGAAAAAUAUUAGUAAAUAUUGUAAAUAAUUUGUAAAUUCUGUGUUUUCAUCAGUCUUUUGUCAUCAUUAUAAGGGGGGACAGGAAUACUUCUGAUUUUAGGAUUUAGGUAGCAUCAGUUGCAUUUGUCUGGAAUUCCUUGUGUACCAGUGUUACUGCAGUGUUAAGAACUGGUGGCAAAACAGAAAUGUCGGGACAAGCAGCACCAGCAGUUGCAUGCAUUGCACAUCCUACACGUUGUGCACACAUUUCAUGGUAUACUUUAUAGUAUAGAACGUAAUAUGACAAAAUAUACAGAAAAAUAUUUGGGAAUUAAAAACACAAAAUAUGUGGACACUGCAGUGCCUGACAGCUAUCCUGAGAUAGGUGAUAAAACCACCUACUUCUAGGAUCAUUCUGAGCUGUCACGCAUCCUUGGCAUUCAUCCUUGCUUUGGUGGAAGGCAUGAUCUUCUCCAGCUCUAUAGCUGAUACAAAUCAGCUAUAUUUAGAGCCCUUACAGACAACUGUAGAAAAGUAACUCAAUGCUACUUACUGAUAAAGUUCUUGUGAUUUAUAUUUAUUUGGUGAGAUAAAUCAAUGAUUACAAGACUUUUUCAAAAACAAGCCAGUGUUAUUGGCAUAGACUUCACAGCUUCGGCUCAUCAAGUCAUAGUUCAGACUCAUCCCAAAGUCUCUGAGUACAAACUGAACCUUGCAUGCAGAAUUCUCCUGGAAGAACUGAUAACAGUUUGAAAGUUGUUUGUCUCCAUACUCUCUAUCCCCUUACUCCUCCCAUCCAAAGGAAAAGUCAUGAAAGUUAUGAAAUUAUGAAUAGGAAACCUCAUGUUUCUUCUACUUAAAUCUGUCACUUUCCUUCAGGAGCCUGAUGCAAUUCUCAAAUUGGUGGUUUAACUGGAAAUUUGUUCAGACUCAUCUAAAUUUCCUCUACAGGUAACUCCAGAAUGAUUACUCUUUGAUGCCUUAGAGAUGUAUCUUUUGCCUUUUCCCUUUGAUUUCAGUGUUGCCAAAGUAAAACCUGAGGGCUAAUUUCUGUCUGAGCUGCUUACAAACACCUCCUGUAACAGGGCCAGAUAUGUGCAGAGGUAAGAUGGAGCUACAAGUAAGAAAUCUGGUUUAUUGUAGGAAGGAGGAUGUUCACCUCAGUCUGUGGUACUCAGUUUUAGGAGUAGGAAUUUGGGAGUUAUCAGACACGUAUUAGUGGUCAACCGUUUGCUCAGCGCAGAGCAAAGGGAAGGAGCAGUUCGGUGAAGUUUUACUCUCAGCUUUCCAGUGGCUGAGAAUUGCCACUUGUUUCUAACUUCUCUGUUUUGCAAGCUGGAUAAAAGUAUUUGGUAUCCUAAAAUGUGAAUACUGACCAACUCAAGGUCUGCUCUCCUGUGGAAAUGGGCAAAUCUGCCCUGAGUGCCAAUGCGUUCUGAAAAUUUAUUUUAUUGCAUUCUGUAACACUGCAAUCCUACAAGUAUUCUGUACUAUGUAAUGGGAUUACAGCCUUGCACUAUCAACAAAGGAUGCCUACUAUAGAAGUAAUGUUGGAUGUCCUUAAAUAAUACUGGAGCUCUGACAAGGUUUAGAACACUGGUGUUUGUGAAUGGUAGUAGUUUGUAUAGGAUUUCUUGUAGAGCUGAUGGUAACCCAACUAACAGCAGUAUUUCUGUUUCAGUUAUGUAUAGGAGAGGUAGAGUGGUGUCUCUGGACACUUCUGUCACUUUAAUGGUUAUGAGAUCAAUUUAGUACUACAUGAGUCUGGUAUUAUUUUCAAACUGUGACCUGUAAUCUUCUGGGAAAGAAUAUGGCAGGUUAGACUCUUACUGGUAGCUCAUGUGGACAAAAACCUCAACAAAGCAUGUAAGCCAAGAUCUUCCCACACUGAAACCAAUGGAGUAACAACAAAAUUCAGACUGGUUUCUUACUUUUCCUAGCUGUUAAGCAAAGGAAUCCACCUACCAAAAGAAGCAGAACCCAUGCAAAAUAUCUCAUGCUGCAUUUCAGUUUUGUUAAUGUGAUCCAUUUGGCAUUUAGUGGUCUGGAAGUUACAGUACCUCCGGUUGAAAACUGCUGUUUCAGUUACGGUUGUUUCCCAAACCAACUGAACUUACUAUUAACCAAAGACUUAUCUACUUGAAAACAAAACAGUGAAGUUUGGUUCUGUCAUUUGUGACUUUGACUGGAAGCAGCUGAAGUGCAUAAUACAUGUACUGACCAAACCUGUGUCAUGUCACUGAGCAAGAAUUAUUCAAGGCAGCAGCACCGGUAUAACAUAGCAGAAUUCAGUAUUAAUCCCUCUAUGGAAACACAAAUCUAUGUAAUAAAUUGAUGUGCCAUACGUGUAGGCCAUGGGAAAAUUGUGCGUGCAAUGAAUUACAUACAGGCUUAAAAGCUUUAACAUUUGUACUGCUCUUCCUAUAAUAGAAUGUAUAUCUUGAUAGCUGUGACCCUAUGAGCUUCUCACAAAUAUGUAAGCUAAAGUUUAUUCUUCUUGUUCUAAAACUGCCAUUCUGUGAAUUGUUGCUUUCACUGUCCUCCACAGAGCAAGGAGUCUUUUCUCCAUGUGUUGCUGGGAAACAAAAAAGCAGGCGCUAUCUGUAAACCUUGCAGGCUGGGGAGAUCAGGGAAUGUUGGUCCUGAAUCUCUUUCUGGAGAGUUGCUCUUUUUUUUUUUUUUCUCUAGUAAAUGCAAACAGUGCCAAUAACCUGGGCCUUCUUUAGAAGAAGCAAAUCAUAUUCAGCGGCCUUCUUCUGGUCAGCUUCUGUUGAUACUUACUUUUCUCUUUCUGCUUCCUUUCACUUAGUCUUUGAUGAUAGGUGUCUUGCUGACUGUAACAGUGGAGGGCAAUUUGCCGCCUUUGCUCUUCCUUUAUCCAAAGCAAUUAAAGGUCUCAAACAAGAAGAAGAAACUUUACAGAACAAAUGCAGGCAUGUUGUUAACAGAGAGUGGAAAGGUAAAACAGCCUUCUAAGAACAUUCCAGUUUAUCUUUAAUGACAUGCCUGCACUGCGUUGGGGCUUCACAUCUUGCUUUCAUAGUGUGACCUGCUGUAAAGUUGUUUGUUAAAAUGAAGUCCUUUUAGAUUGUCCAAAAAAUUUUACUGUUUGUCACCAUAUUAGAAACAUAAAGUACAGUCUAUAAGGAAAGCAAUAUACAAUAUACUAUACAUCUUCUAUUUCAAUGCCUCUAGUUUUAGGCUAGUAUUCAUAUCAAUGUUUAUAAACAAAAUACAGGUUUUAUUGUUCAUUACAGGACCAAGCAAAGAAGUUUUGCCUUGUCUGAGUACUAAAGGUUGUCUAAACAGUAACGUUUCUCUUGAACGACUACUCUUUUCUCAUGCUUCUAGUUAACUUGUGGUGGGCUCUAUCCUACUCUAAUUCUUCAUAAAUGCAUUUGAAAGGGAAAGUAAUGAGCUCUUUUAGCGCAUGAUCUUCUCACAGUACCUGAUUCAUAAAUAGAUCUAUAAUCUCAUUUAUGAGUUACUAGUUACCAGCAAAACAGCAGAAAUCCCUCUGAAGUUCAGCUGAAUGCAUUCUGAAGAACCUUGCAUUACUUAUUCAGUUUUGCAAAAUUUCUUGAGUCAUUAUAGAAGGCAUAUUUUCUGAAGCUUUUGACGUGGAUACAGCCUUCAUCAAGAAUUGUUCUAAUUUCUGCUUCUUGUUUUAUAUGGAAGUCUAAUGCUAUGGAGAAUUUAUUUAAUAAAAAUCACAUGGGUUUCCUUCAAGAGAGUUUUCACUUCAUUUGACCUAUUCCUCAGAUAGGUAGCUCACUUUAAUUACUUCUUAUCAUAUUAGUACAUUACAUAGUAACCAGUAAAACUUUUUAUGAUAUUAGUACAUUACACAAUAACCAGUAAAAAAUUUGGGUUUUUUUUUCCAGAGAAACUCUACAGAACUUUCUGUUCCUGAUUGUGACCAGGAUAACUAAGUUAUAUAUUUCAGAGAGAAGUCAUUGAAGAGGUGAUCAAAUAAGAUAGUGUUACAACAAAUCCAGAAGUUCUAUAUACAAAGAGAUGAAAAGGGAAGUUACCUGGUUACUUUAUCCAGUCAUUCUGUAAAUGCAAUUCAGCUGCCAGGUCUGACUUCGAUCAUCACAAGUGUAGUGUAUUCUAUGGAAACCAUUGACAGAGCUUAGCUUUCUAAGCACUCCAGUAACAUGGUUUGAGAAAUAGCAGUUCAUUUACACUUCCAGGUGCUCAAGAUACCAUCCAGACAGUAUUUACUAUUGUUCUUCCACCAUUCAGAAAGUAAGUGUGAAUCUAUGUCUUUGCAUUAUUCCAGUACCUACAAGUAGGUAAGAGCGCAAGAGUGCAUUGCGUAGUUUGCUGCAAACUUGUUUUCCCAUGCAAUCAAAUGGAUGAGUAACUGCUUUAUCACUUCUGUGAUACCUUUUUUUUUUUGGUCUGUUUGUCUGGAUUUUUUUGACAUCUCUUCAACUGUGUCAUUAGCUCCGUCUGGGCUGCUGGAAGUCUGCUGGAUAAAGGCCAGACUACAGACAUGCACAAAAAAGUCUGUAUUUCAGAUGAGAGUGGUUUUGUAUGGGUAUGUUGAGCUUUCUGCUAGGAGCAGUCCAAGUUUGCAAAUGUACUCAGAUCAUCUCAGCCAGUGGAGCUGAUGUGUAUAGGCACAACAGAUGCUGACACGCUUCUCACUGUGUGCAGACACAUGGUCAUGCAUUUCACUCUGGUGAAUCCUGGGGUAAAAAAUGGAAGUUGCAGCAUUUGGGAUUUUGGAUGUAAAGUAGUAUGUGAUGUCUACCAUGUGCACUCCUUUGUCUUGUGAUAUCUGUCUGGAACAAACAAAACAAAACAAAACAAAACAAAACAAAACAAAAGGUGAGAGGGGGAGUGAAAUGUGAGGACAGUUGUGAUGUAGAGUUUAUUUGUCAAAAUUUAUGUUGUCUUAAAUCUUGUUUCAUAUUGCCACAUGUGGAGCUGACAACAUUCAAAUACAACGGUCAGUGCUAAUCUUCGGUCUCACAGAAGAUGUACCUGAGCUCGGCAGGUAAACAUCUACUGAGUAGCUACCGUACUGCUGUGGGGCAGGAGGUGACUGUCCUUUUUAAUAAACAUUAUUUGAUGAUUCAUUGCGGAAGUCAUCAAUACCCAAAUUCCAUGUUGGGAUUCAGCAAGUAAGGUGCAUUUUCCAACAAGGCUUUGUGAAUUUUGAAUGCCACAGUGAAUCAGGAGUGAUCUGUAGUGGUCCUAAACUUCCACUAAUAAAUCAGAUUGUUACAGCGCAGUCAAAGCCUUUGUCAGUGUUGCCAUGCCAGAAACCAUGUUCUGAACAACUGCAGAACAGACUUCUGCCUCAUCCUUGCAAUGAAAAAUCAUUGGGCUGCUAUUAUAGCUAAUAGGAGUCUUUGGGCUAAAAGUCUGCAAAAAGCUUUGAAACCAUAUCCCACACUCCUUGCUGUAUAAGACAUCGGUGGUCUGAUUCUGCAAGUGUUGUAUUUGCUGGGUAAUGCUUAGUCUGCUAACAGAACCAUAGUCCAGCACAUGGAUGUGUAAAGCACUCUGUGUAGGAGCAAGACAGCACUUUCCCUGACCUGCAUCUGGAUCUUACAUUUAGUUACACGGGCCAUUUAGGCUGCAGUCCUGCAUGUGCUGAAGUGAAUAGGUAACAAAAGGGAUGCAGGGGGUCUCAAAGUGUACUUUAGCCUUCUGCAAACACUGUGAGCGAGGGUGGUGGGACCGCGGCCAUACCUCAUGCAAGGCUGGUUGGAGAGAGGGGUCACACACCCAGUACCUAAUGCAGCAUUUCAGAUAUAUAAGGACUUAUUUUUCCAUAUGUUCUGCCCACAUUCCUGCAUAUUUUAUGAAUCAGGUCUGUGAUCAAUGUUUUGACCAAUUUGUUUGCUGGGGUUUCAUGGGGGUUACUAUCUCUUUGGUUUGCAAUGUAAAUAAUACUGUACAUCUGCUAUUUUAUGAUACAAAUGCCCUGUGAAUUGCUUAUUUUUAAAAUGUUACAGCUCUGUCAUGUUUAUUUACAAUGCCAUCUUACAGUAUUGGUUUAAUAUACAAUGUAUCUGUAUGGCAUGAAUUAAAUUGCUUAUAUUUUACAAUAUCAAACAUUGUAUUUUUUUUCUAAGAUUAUUACACUCCAUCCUAUGCAGUAUCAUAAAUGUUUCUUAAGUGGCUCAUUAAGUCUGGAAAUAUUGCUUCCGUUUCAGUAGUGCGGGCAUAAGAACCAAUAUUCCUGAUCAAAAUCAUCAGAUAUAUCAUCUAGCAAUUUCAGAUUAGAAAGAUAUGUACAAAUAUGUAAGCAUUUAUAGGUGAUCUGAACAUCUCCUGUAUCUUCCUUGCUUUUCAUGUAAUGAUAUAUUUUAAUCAUUUUGUAUAAUUUUUAUUUCUAAUUAAUUGUGAGUCAUUCACAGUGUAAAUAAUGUUUCAUUAUGCAAGAUUUCUAGGUAAUCAAGAUGAUAAAAAAAACAGUGAAUUUGUAUAUGAAAAGAAUUUGACUGUAGAUUGGAAUGACAUAAAAUAAAGUGGUGAUGACUA